UAUCAUCGACAAGGAAGUGGCUUUAAUGACAGAAGUCGACAAGGUUAAACAAGAAGCCAUGGAUAUUUUGACUGCACGUCAAAAAAAAGCUGAGGAAUUAAAGAGACUAACGGAUUUGGCAAGUCAGAUGGCCGAGAUUCAACUGGCUGAAUUGCGAGCUGAAAUUAAGCACUUUGUAAGUGAACGUAAAUAUGAUGAAGAAUUGGGUAGAGCUGCCCGCUUUUCCUGUGACACUGAGCAGUUAAAAAUGCAGAUAUUACAGUGUGGAGAAAUUUUCCAUCCAAAAAACAAUUACUCCUCCAGAACACCAUCCAGUAUGUUCCUUCAAUCAGAAAUUUCCAAAUCAGUGACUAGCAUGCGAAAUACGUAUAACCAAAAAUAUGUCAAUCAGACUCCUGCCAAGACUUCUGAGCACAAAACAGCAAUAACUAAAGGUUCAAGCCAAGUUCUCCCAGUUACAGAAUCCUCUUCUCGUGUAAUUUCAACAAAUAAACAG